UCACUGGCGCUAGUACCCUGCCUAUGAACUAGGUGCCGUUGCGCCUGCUCACACGUUUCGUCUCCCAACGUCCCGUCAUCUCCCUCCGCCCUCCAUUAAAACCCUCGUCCGUCGUCACCGUCCACCUCCUCCCCUCCCGGAGAAAUCAAGAAUCCAAAGCCGUCCCUUCCGAUCCCGCCCGGCACGCCCUCCGGAUCAAAGCUCCGAGCUGCUUUCUCCCCCUGAUUUGCCCCAAUUCCGCCGGCUCCACCGCCCCAAUCAUCAGUUCCCCGGCCCGGGCUCCGGAGGUCGCCGUCGCACGCCCGCUCGUAGAGCAGGAGUGGAGCUUCCCUCGCCGUACGGCACGCGCGAGCUGUUGGUUUAUGUCGCCUGCCCUGCCGCAGCUCCAUGGUUCUGAGCUCCCGUCACUGCCAGCCUCCUCUCGCUCCCUUCUCCUCCAGCCUUGGCAGAGGGGCGCCAGAGACCGCAGGCACUUCAGGGUCUCCAGAUUUGGAUUUGGGGUGAAGUACUCUGGGUUCCUGCAUUUAGAACCUUGCUUCGUACUGUCUUGUACCUGAAGCAGUACGAGUUGAAGAUUCUUCCCCCAAAUCACAAUCAAUCUUGCAGGUUUGGUCUGGGCGGAUUGAAUUUGUCAACCCUCCUAAUUCAAACAGUCAGCCUGAAUUUCAUCUCCUGAAACAUCUGCAGUGAAGAAAACUAAUCUCCCUUCCUCCAAUUCUGUUAAGAAGUUAAAGAGAGAAUCCUCUUUCUGAUUUGGUAGAUUCGGUGCUGCAGCUGUAGAUACGUCUUGCUUGAUUGCUGUUGCUUGGGAAGAUGUUGCGGUCCAGGAAGAUGCCCCCUAUGCGGAAGGUUCGCAUUUUCUGCUCUGAUCCUGAUGCAACCGACUCCUCCGGUGAUGAAAAUGAUGAGAACCCAAAGAAAGAAAAGAAAAUUAUAAGAGAGGUGCUAGUUCCUGUAAAGAAAUAUAAAACCUCACAGCCUCUAAGACCCAUCAUGCCAUGUGGAAUAAAGGAUCUGAAUGGUCCAGAGAGGAAGGUACCAUCGAGCAGGUACCGUGGUGUGCGCCUGCGGGACUCAGGUCGCUGGCAAGCAGAGAUACGCAAUCCUUUGACAAAGAAAAGGGAGUACAGUUUACAUGACACUGAGGAGGAGGCUGCUGCGGCGUAUCAGGCAAAAUGGAACCAGUUUCAUGUAGAGAUGCUGGCCAUGAAAGCUGAGCCGCCCAUGUCAGAACAUGCAGCCUCCAACUCAUCCUUGGUUUCCUGCGUUUCUUCAUCUGUAUCAUGCGAGCAGAAGGCACAAGAAGCUCAGAACAGAGUAGGACCAUUAAUGGAGAUGCACCGUGAGCCUAUGGAUGAAAGCUUACUGAAUUUCUCCCCCAAAGCUCUUGAGAUUUCAGAGGAUGUCAUGCUAAACCCGAAAGAUGAGCAUCAAGCCAGUGACUCUGACAGCCCGGCUGAUGAAUUCCCACCUGAUGGUUUCACCAGGCCAGAAGAUAUGUUCACAGUCAGAGAUUUUAUUACCGCUACAUACAAACCUCUGGAUGAUGACUAUAUUGGCCUGGCUGACAUUAGCCACCUGCCUCUUCCCAUCAAGGACCCAGAAUUCGACCUGGAUGCAGAGCUUGAUUGGAGUGGGUUCGACUUCGCUUCAAUGGAACAUGAACUCGAGUUACUGUGAGGUUGCAAUGAAACCUGCUCGUGGUGUUCUAAUCUGCGAAAACCUGCUCUUGAUGGUGCUGCAUUCUGCAGAAACCUGCUCCAAGUUGUCUGAAACUCUUAAUGCUGGAAUGGGUUCAGAUUUCAGUCUGUCAGUGGAUGACUCUGUCCAUAUUGAUGGAAUCUAGAAACAGAUUGACCUCCAAAUUUUGUCGGGAACUGUACAGUCCGUAGAGUAACUUGCCUGCGUGUGCUAAUAUGCAACAAACUUUCAGCAAUAUGUACAUAUUCUAAUUUCAGAGCUGAUCCUGAUUCAUCAUCUGUGCAUGUCUACAGCCUUCUGGUUGUGCUUGUUCAUAUUGUUUUGGCUCUAGUCCCCAACGGAACUUUUGUUGGUAAACCAAAGUUGGGUUUCUGCUUUUAAUAUAUGCGUGUGUAUAGUUUUGAGCCGAUGGAAACUGGAUUCUUAAUAGUUAUAUGAUCAUGCUGAGAUUAGUUA